UGGCUGUCUGUCUGGCUGUCUAGCCAACCAGGCUGGCUGUCUGUCUGGCUGUCUAGCCAGCCUGGCUGGCUGGCUGGCUGUCAGGCUGUCUAGCCAGCCAGGCUGGCUGGCCACGCAGCCAUAUUGUAAACAAUUGUUUCUUCCUAUAAGCGUGACUGGCAGCAUCAUGAAAUGGUUGAGGGAAUGAAUGGUCACGCUAAGGAUGAGGGAAGUGGAGGUGGUACAGGAGAUGAUGAUAAUAUUUGCCGUGACUUCUUAAGGAAUGUUUGUCGACGCGGAAAGCGAUGCAAGUUCCGCCAUCCUGAUGAUGGUGAACAGGGACCUCAAGGAUUAACUCAGAUUAAGGCUGAUUUAACCUUCUGUCAUGAUUACCAAAAUGGACAUUGUACACGUCCAAUGUGUAGAUUUAUUCAUUGUACAUGUGAGGAUGAAGACUAUUAUCUACGCACUGGAGAUAUUCCUCCACAUGUUCUUGAUCAGGCCAUUCGCAAGGGACAGCUUGGAGAUGUUACACUCAAUGGGGAUGUUCCCAUUUGCAAGGACUAUCUAAUGGGAGAAUGUUCAAGACGAAGAGGUGGUAAGUGCAAGUUUCGACAUCUGACCCAAAGGGAAUAUGAGCAAGAGAUAUAUGGAACCAACCAUGGAGAUAUUGACCAAGGAGCCAACCAUUAUGAACAUUCAGGCAACCCUGACCGGCUUGGAAGCUUGGGUCCACCAGACCCAAAGCGACACAGGCUGGAACCCAAACUUCUUCCAAUUGAUUUUCAAAGAGAAGGAGAAUUUUUGCUUCCCAUGGAAGAGAUAGGAAGGGACAUUCUUGGUAGGGAUAUCAGUUUGAGAGAAUUCCGAGAUAGGGAUCGUGAACGAGAUAAGGAACGAGAUAGAAGGGGGUUGGAAGAGAUUCUCCUCAUGAGGAAGCAAAUGGAUAAUCUGAAGAAGGAAAAUACAUCACUCAAAAAAGAAGUUUCAGACCUUAGAGCAACUAAUGAGUUUCUUCUGGAUCAGGUAACAACUUUGCGACUGAGCAAGGCAGGCGGCAGUAUGACUGCAGUUACAGUUCCUGCAGUAAGUUUACCCUCCACUAUUCCUGUGGCAACCAGCGUUCAGCCUCUCACUGCUGCUCGGCUUUCUCAGCCAAUGCCCAUAACUUCUGAUGGAUCUGUAGUAGCACUACCUCCAGGCCCACCUCGACCGCCUCCCCCUCCACAAGCUCCACAGCAAGCACCUCCUCAAUCAAUGGCUCCAUCACAAGCAGUGGGAGUGGCACCUCCAGGCCCUGCUGUUGUAGGCUCAGUAGGUGGGGUUCAGGUGUCUCUGGCUCAAGUGUCCACAGUAUCUCUCAAUCCACAGAUUGCUCCAGCCACUUCCAUGACCCCCUCCAUGGCUCCACCAUCUGCUCAGAGCAUGGCACAGGCAAUAUCAAUGAGUGGAGCUACAGGUCACUUAGUUUCAUACCCCAUUAUGACUCAGCCAGGGCUUAGACCUCAGCUCCAAUGAAGCCAGGCCAGCCGUGGCCCGGUCACGGUGUCGUCAACAGUUGUCUCAUCGAGCAUUGUCCCUGUGUCUGAUGUUGCUACUCACAUCCUUCCUUCCACAUAUGUAACCAUUUGGGGUCAUCCCAGUCAACAGGGAUCAUUAUAAAUUCAUAAAUCAUUUUUAAAGGCGAACAUUUCAAAUUAAAUAUUUACCCUAUGCACUUGUUUUCACAUUUUUGUGCUAACAUUCAAUAAAAAUUGAAUAAUCCAAAAAAUUUAUAUGGAAUCUAAUCAUAAUAAUGUAGAUGUUAAGUACAUACAUUGGUUGUUUUUCAAUCCCAUUUGUUUAUUUGGAAGCAAAUUUUCUUGAGAACUAAAAUUAAUGUUUACAUACUUUUUUAUUAGAAUGUUCGUCUGUACAAUAUUUUGUUUCAUUUUCAUAUUGAGAGUUGAGUAAAAGUGAAUGUUGUAUUCACUUUUUCUGAAAUUUAAGUAAUGAUAUUACAUUGUAAAUAGAGAGGCAGGUUAAUCAGUUGUACUUUUCAUGGUAAUUUGAUUGAAAGCAGUGUGCAGUAAUACCUCUCAUUAAUGGAUUUAUGCAUUUUCAGAGAAAAAACUGGCUGGACAAACUUUCUAAUUAUUGAACAAAAGUCUAUAAUUCUGCAUUUUGUCAGUAGCAAUAAUGUCCAGUUGUCUUCCGAAGUAUCGGACUAAGUCUUUUAACUUUGACGUGUGUUCAGUAUUGGUCAUAACAGUCACAUCAAGGGCACAACAUUUGUUUGGCACUUGCCACAGUGGCCAUGUCCAAGAGCUGUCCAUUUUCUUUGUUCACUGACCUGUGGGGCACCAGUGCCAGUUUGUUUGUGUUCACCAAUGCCUACACUCAUCAUUCAGGCUCUAAUUUUCCCUGGAUUUAGAGCAUUUUAUGUGACUUUUUUAACAUACGUAUUUAAGUAAAGUGCAAGUAACAAUGGCUUCUAAAGCAAGUGGUGGUGCCAAGAGAAAAUGUGUGGCUCUCAGUGUUAAGGAGAAACUUUAAUUAUUAAAGAAGGUUGAGUCUGGUAUCUCAGUGGCAUGGGUGUGCGAGGAAUAUGAUGUUAAGAAACAGCGUCUGAUAUCUGCAGAAGCAAGAAAAAUUUACACUUGUGCUUUUAACCUGUUCAUCUUUCAUCAAUUUCCGAACUAUUUUCAUCUUAGCCAUCUACGUCUUCUUAGCCAUCUACAUCAUCUCGGCCAUCUACAUUAUUUUCACUGGUAGAGCUUUACAUUUCCUUUAACCCAUUAGAAGUUAUUUUGAGUUUCCACUAUCGAUCAUGGCAGUUUACACCUCAUCUCUCCACCAGGAAAGGUAAACAAAAUUACUGCAAAUUAUGGAGCGUACUAUAAAAUUAAUAUACAGUACAUUACUAUGCUGUAGUACUACAGGUUACAAUACCUAUAUUCUUAGUGUCCAAUUGUCUUCUGCAUUAGCAGACCAAGUCCACUACUUCAGAAGACAACCAGACAAUCAUGAAAUAUUUAUUCCAUAAUUUGAGAGUUAUGGACAUUUGGCAUUAUUGUACACUCCUUCCCCCAAUUAGUCUGUUCAUGAGAGGUCGUAGUGUACUUUAAAUUUUAGAAAUACAGUAUAAUAGUUUUUCUGAGGUGCUUCUGUAGUAAUUGUAUUGCAUUUUUUCACUUGGAAUUAUUCAUUUACCAUAUACAGAUGAUGAAGAAUUAGAAACAUGUGCAACAUCUGGGUAUCUUUAUUUGUAGAAGGUUUGCCAACCAGUGGCUUUAUCAGUACGGUACAAGGACAUAAUGUGAAGAAUUAUAUGUAUACAAAAGAUGAGGUAAUCAGUGCCUCAUCUUUUAUAUAUAAUUCUUCACAUUAAGUCCUUGUAUUGUAUUGAUAAAGCCACUGGUUGGUGAAGCAUCUACAAAUAAAGAUACCCAGAUGUUGCACGUGUCUAAUUCUUCAUCUUGUCGGUAUUGCAUACCAUUGAUGUAUAACCAUCAUAUACAAUAAACCCUAGAUUUAAUGGAUCUCAAUUUGAUGGACUUUGGAAGUACAUAUGGUACAAAACCUGCUUGGUCAUUUGAUUUGGAAACGGUGGAUAAAGUCCAUUGUUUACAGAAUUGUCCAUUUUUACGAGCCUGGCCCAUGGCCGUGCUCCGAGAGUAGUAAGACUCUCGAAACUCAUCAAAGGUUAUUACAAUAAUAAAAAAAAAAGCAAUCUCAUUUCUAUCCACCACAGUCAUCAUUACCAGCCACUCUCUCCUCCCCAUUAAUUCAUUUCAUUGAGGGUUUGCUAUAUAUACUGUAUAUGUAAGUAUGAAUAUGAAAAGUGAGAAACUAUGUGGAGAGAGACUUUAUAACCAGGUUAGAGAGCUCUGUAUGAUUCGGUUUGAUUAAAUUUGAGACACACUUCACAUCUUUACCCUUAAGGGAGGUUGACCUGGAUAUGAUUUCUGAGGUCAUUUUCUAUCUCCCUUUUCCCUUCUCUCCCAGCCCAGUCCCAGACCAGGCCUCCUGAUGGAUGGCCUAAUCAGUCAGGCUUUUAGUGCUAUCCACAUGCAGUCCAACUUAUUCACUGGUGAAGGAUUCCUGAUCUAAGGAAUUGAACCUGACUUCCCUUCACUUGGAUGAGAUCUGUAUGGCUUUGAUUGCCCAAGGUGCUGUAUUACCCCUGAGGAUUUUGCACUUUCUUUAAAGAUAAAAUAUUAAUUCAUACCCCUUUCAUCUGCUGAAGAGUCUGUUUCAACUUUCUGUCCAAGUGGGUUUUCAUUUUUCAUCAGUCAAUGUGAACAAGAUAGCUUUUAUGAAGGGAUUCAGCAAAAACCAGUUAAAUGAACUUGAGUUCUGGAAGUGGGAAGGGCAGUGCCUGCACUGCCCUUUCCACUCUCAGUUGCAUCUGGGGGGAUAAACUGAGUGUGAUAUCAGUACACUUGUGAUAAGACAAAGAUUGAAUGAAAGUGGUGAAUGCAUUUCCUUCUUUGGGUCACUCUACCUUGAUGGGAGAUGGCUGUUGAGGUAGAGUUUCUCAGACAAUUUCACACUACCAUAGCAGUGGAGAGCUCUAGCUUGGGCUUCUUUGAAGCCAUCAUGAAUGACUUAAUACAGUUAUUUACAACUGUGUCAUUACGACACAUUCUGGUGUGAAAUUCAUCUGUAGAAACAUGCAUUUGUGAUUACAGUGGGGCCCAAUCUAACCUUCUUACCAUGUGUAGAAAUACACCUAGUCAAAUGAAUCUUAUUAGGCCAUCAUGGUACAGUGGAUAGUGUACUGGUCUUCUAGUUUUAGGACUGGCUUACCAUGAGUUUAAACUUUCCAUUCAGUGAUUUGUUUACAAUCUUGUCAUUGCAGUUUCACAAGUCUGAGAAACAUUUGUUGAGUUUGCCUCUGCUAUUAUUAUCGUGGGGAAGAUACAUCAAAAUGCCAGCUUUAGGAAAAUGUGUUGUUUAUGUAAUUCCUACAAGGCUAGCAGCUUGCCCCCUCUUGACGGCUUGGCUAGAUAAACAUCAUAAAAUAGUAGCAGGUUGUGCUAUGCCUUCAUUUUGGUUAAGCAUCUACAAUAGAGGAACCUCCAUUCAAUUUUAUCAAGUUGUUUUGGGGAUAUGUUGGAGGGUUUUGAUAGUAGUAGCUUUGUAUAUACAGUAUUAGAUCAUCUAAUAAUAUGCCUUCAUCCAGGAAACCCAUCAUGUUGACAGAUAAACCCUUUACUGUUUAGGCUAUGUGAUCAUCCAGAAGGUUGUCGUGUGUUUCUCUCAGCAUUGCUAGUUGUGCAAUUAUAAUGGCCAUAUGCUGGCCCCUGACUGGCAUCCAUUCCAUUAGCUAAGAUAUAUGGAAGAUGGAUGACAUGGUGGUUGAAAUAGGAGCUCAGGGCCAGGGGACUAUCUUCUUUUUGUCAGUCAGCCUCAGUGAGACAUGGUAGAGCAGGUUGAGGGUUAGAACUGGCUAAAACAGCACUUGCUUGCCUAGAUAUUAACUUUUUUCUACACUUUGGCUAACUUAAUUUUUAUGGGUUCAUUGUGCAUAGUGUUGGGGAUAAGGGUAUGAGGCAGUGGUGUUUCAUGGGUGGUAUGCAGAAUGUGCAUUCCCACAUGCAUACAUACGUACAUACAUUACAUACAUGUGUGGUUCUCUUAAUAAAUGUUAAAUUUAAAGAAAAUUAAUAUGUUUAAUACAGUAAGCCCUCCAAGUUAAUGGGAACUGCAUCCAUAUAAUAAGUCACAUGCAGAAAUUGCUAAUGUGGAUACUAUACCUUGAAUCAAUGUUGAAAGGUGAGUUAGGUUUAUAGUUUGGAUAGAACAUUUUGGGAAUAGAAAAUGUCCAGUAAUUUCAAACUUGUAUCAAUAUUUUCACUUCUUUUCAGUAGAUUCUCCUUUCCUACUUAUUUUGUGCUUAAAAGACAUGAUGCAAGAUAGUAGAGCAGUAUGUAAAUAACAGCACAGUAUUACAGUAGCAGGUAUGGUUAUGGAGCACCAUUUGUGAGUUGAACUACUAGAGUAAUGCAGGUUGAGUAAAACAAACGACUGUGGCUACCAGACAUGAACACAAAAUUGACAAUAGGGCAAACUACAUGUUUCUUGUAUUGCUAAACUGUUAAUAUUUCAUAAAAUAUUAAGUGAAAUACAUUCAUGUAACACAUUAUUGCCAUUUGUACAUAAUAUAAAAUAAAAUUUGGUUUACACAAUAACCAUACUGCUAAUCAGAAGGCUGUGAAAACAAGGGAUUGCUUUAUAAUAAUUAAAAGUGCUAGAUAUUUCUUUUGGAUUCUGUUAAUAAUGAAAGAUUUUGCACCUAUAUCCUUCCAUAUUUAAGCCUUGCAUUACUUGUGAUUAAAUGAAUACAGUUUGUUAAUGCAAAAGGAAAUUUGCUUCAGAAUUGAUGCUUAUCUUAAUAUCAGAUACAUCAUUUGAAUUAGUAUAAGUAGUAAUGAGAAAGUAGCAGCAGUAAUGAUAAAACCAGUUGUACUAUUACUACUCUCUCUACAGUUACUUUUACCACUUGGUCUACCAUUGCCACUACUGUUACUUCCUCAUUACAACUAUUACUGCUACUGUUACUACUAUACUACUACUACUAUAUUAUUACUGCUACUACUAUUACUUCUACUACUAUUACUAAUACCACUAUUUCUACCACUAUUUCUACUACUACUAUUUCUACUAUCUACUACUUUUACUACUGUGCUUCUGCCAUCCCGUAUGAAAUUUAUUUCUGUUCCAGUAAUUUAGGUAUAGUAUUAUUAUAAUUCCUCUUGACUGUCUUAGCUGCACUUUACUCCCUGAUUUUGUUGUGGGUUUAUGGUUAUUACUCUGGGAUAUAAUGAUAAUUAAAACAUUGAAUAUAUGGAUGUAAGACAUGUGUAAGAAAGAGACCAGUUGGCUUAUUCCAGAAUAAACAGUCUAAUGGUUAUGUGGCCUGACAGCUUUAUUAGUAAACUACUUCCAAACCAGUCCAUUAGAAUAGCAAUAGAACUAAAAAGCAUUUUGAGAGAGAGGGAACAAACUGUGUGUGAACACUUGUAAUAGAUUUCAUACAUGUUUAUCCCAACAUUAUUCUUGCAUGAUUUUCUCAGAAUUGGUUAUGUUAGUGUCUUCAUAACCUACACUGUAUUACUUUUCUGUCUACUGUACAGUACUAUAUAGUUUUGUAAGGGCUGAUAACUGCUGCUAUUUCUCAUUAAGGUAAUUGAAGUCUCAUUAAUCAGAAAAAUUGCGAGAAUGUUACUUGCUGUAGUAUAUAGUGUGUACAUUCAAAACUCUGUCAAGGUUCUUUGGUAUAAAAUGCAGACAUGCAAAGCUUUGUCAAGGUGCUGUAGUGUUUAGUGCAGACACAAAGCUUUGUCAAGGUUUUUGAGUUGCCUACACUUUAUUCUCAGGGUUAUUACCCAGUUGAUAAGAAAUGUAAUUAAGAUUUUUUUAUACUAUGAUACUAACAUUGCACAGUAUUUCUAAGGAUGGUAAUAUUUAUGUAGCAAGCUCUCAUGUAUUGUACAUGCUGGGUUCAGUAUACAAGUUAGCAUUAAAACCUUUUUCAGUAUGUUCAAAAGAGCAUUCAUCAUUCUUUAUCAUCUUAAGUGUGUUUACUAUAGCCCUAAGAUUUGAAGGUGUGGGUAUGAUCAUUAUCUGUGAUUUUUUUUAUGUAGUCUCUGUAACAUUCACAGUGAAAGAGAAACUGAGCACGUGAGACAAAUGAUAGAUACAAUAGAUUGCUUAAGAUCAAUGUGUGUACUACACAAUGGUCUUACAUGGAAGUGCAAAAAAUAUUUACUUUGGUAGAUACAUGCAUAAAAGUAGCUAGAAUACCUUGCCCAUAUUAAUUUUAUUAUUAUGCAAUCUUGCAAUUAAGUUACAGUAAUAAACAAGAAAGUAUUUACCACAUCAGUUGUCUCUCGUCAAGGUAGAGAAAGUAUUGUUUGGGAAAAUCCCAGUUUUUAGUGUUACAGUACUGAUAAAUUUUGUAAAUAUUAAAAUAUAUUUUAAGUACAGUACUUAGAGCAUUGCUAUGAUGUGUUAUUUCCUCCCUUUAGUAAAUCCUCCACCAGACACUGUUAGCAUCCAUAACAAAAUGUGUAUGUUUGAGUUACGGUACACAUUGGUGAGCAUGUUACUAUGUCAUUAUCAGACAAAUGCUGAAGAUAAGUAAAGGGCUCCUGAUCCAGUUGGAGAUAGGUAUCUUUACCUCCCAUUUUCUAGGCAUUAUAUGAAUCUUGUGAUUAUAGUACUUCACUAGUGAUAUAAUAUGUACAGUAAUAAUAAUACUUUAUAUGACUGAUGUCAUUUGUUUUGUAGAUAGUUUACACUGUUUCAUGAUUUUUGUGUUUUGACACCCACUGUCUCCCGCUGAGGUAGGGUGACUAAAAAAGAAACACAUUCAUCAUCAUUCAUUCAGUUUCUGCCUUACUAGAAGUGCCCAGACAUCACAAUUCGAAUGAUUCUGAACAGCAUCAUCUCUAUCCUCACCUCCUGGACUCAGGUCUGGCUAACCAAUUUCAUUGAAUCCCUUCAUAAAUACUACCUUGCUCACACCAAAAGUGCAUCAUCAUAAAAAACUAUGUGUCUCCACUCUACCGUAACACGAGCUUGCGAGAUGCUAAGCCCCCUCUUUACCCUUCCCCUCCAACCCUUUCUGAGAUGACCUCUACCCUCUCCUUCCACCCAUGAUUUAUACAUCCUCUUGAGCUUCAACCCAAGCCACCUCAACAACCCUCCUCAGCUCUGAAUUAUACCUUUGGUAAUCCCACGCUAUCUACAGUAAUUUGUACUUCGGGUUGGAGUUUUUUAAUAUUAUCCACAUUACACAUUGCUGUCAAACAUUUUGGUGGUAUGUCUUUAGAAACAAUUGUAAUUACUGUAAUGGUCUUUAAAUACAUUACUUGAAAUGGUUGAAGCUGAAACAAGAAUAUAAGGAAAGUAUGGACUGUGACAUCAUUGCUUUCAUAGAAGUAAUGGUAAUUAUUGCAUUUGUAUAGUUUCUGUGCAAAAUAUAUAGCAGAAAACCAUGGCUUUCUAGAGAACAUUUAUUCAUAUUUUAUGUAAUUUUUUACGGCUUAUGGGAAAAAUCUUUGAUAGCUUCACCUUCUUAUACGAUUAAAAGCUGAGUAUCACAGAGCACCUGUCAGUGAAAUACAGAAUUUCUGUGCAGAACAGUGUUCCUCAAUAGAUUUUUUGUUAAAGAUCCAGUUAGUCUUAUCCUAUUUUAUGAAUGUAUUACAGUGGUUAACUGAUUGCCAUUGACAAUACAUUUUUGUAAAUUUCUGUACCAAUAUGUUGAGACCAAUGCUCAAAAUUUACAUAUUCAUACUGUAUAAUUUUUUACAAUAUUUAAGUUAUAGAUGCCAUUUUUCUUAUUUGUGGUCCUCUUCAUAUUUUUGUCUGUGGCCUUUAUGUGCUCACACCCUUCAAGGGAGGUGGUGCCUUGAUAUUGGUGAAAGGCUCUUCAUCCAAGGGAUUGGAGCUACCUUUUCCUUCCUCGGAUCAAAUUUAAUUAUACAUCUUCCAUCCCCCAGACACAGUCUCCACCCCCCCCCCCCACAGGUUUAGUGGCUAAUGAAUAUUAUUUUUAUGUACUCACGCAUGUGUAGGACUGGAUAUUUAUUGUCUUUUCUACUGUACUGUACUGGGUAUUUGUAACAAAAAUUAUUAGACACUGGUAUUACCUGUAUUUUGUCUAGUACUUUGUACACAUACAGCCUACUGUGUAAGAAAAUAUCUUGUAACAGUAGCAACCCUGGCAUUUUUAAUGCCCUGGAUGAGGUCAUACAAAAUUCUCCCCUCCAUCCUCUGUCAACAGCAAACCCGUCCUCCUCCCCCAUAUCCCCCAGUGCAUAAUCUCUGCCACAGUAAAAUACACUGAGCACACACUGUUUUUAAAACACCAAACACCUCCAUGUAUUGUUCUGAGCUUCAAUUAAGAACAGGUUGAGUUGAAACAAAAACUACAAAUAUAUCUUUUAUAAAUAAUAAUGGAACAUUUAAUAAAGACUCCAAAAUAUAUUGCUAACAAGUAUAAAUAUUUCAGGAAUACGUAUGUUAAUUUCAUGAUGGCUCAAUGAUUUUCGAAUAAUCACAGCAAGAAAAUAUAAGCUUGGGUUGUGUGGCAGAACUUUCGUUUGUCAAAUAAACCAAGUCUGCAAGCUCAGGCAAAUUACUAAGGAUUUUUUUAUAUAUAAAUCUGUAAAUAUUGUACAUUUCAUCAUAAUACACAAAAUUUUCC